AUGAGCAAUACUGUGUGGAUUUUGAAGGCUUGGAGCCAGUUUAGUGCUUGGGUAUGUUUUGAAAACAUGUUCUCAAGUCAAGAACCGAGUAAACCGAGAAUAGAGCACGUUAAAUCAAGGCAGAAAAAUUUGGAAAUUAAAUUAAAAGUAGAACAGACCGAGGAACAAGCAGUGAAGUUAGCAAAACGUAGCGUUGAAACAAUGCCCGCUUCACAAUCGAUGAAAGCAUCCAAAAUUGUUCCACCUGGAUUUAGUCGAAACCGUUUGGAACCUUUUUACGAAAAAACUAAAAUGUGGCGUACCGUUCUGGAAAGACGGUUAGAUUUCUCCAACAUGGACCAAUCGAGGGCAGAAUCAUUACAAGAGAAUGCAGAUCCAUCGUUAGAAAUACUGCAGACACACGAAAUGGAUUUGGGAAGCUUCCGAGGCAGUUUCCAAAAUAACAGUAACCAUAAACAUUCCUCCAACGUUUCCGAUAGCGUUUUAAGCGAUGCACAAAUGGCGUACAACAGUUUCGAAACAUCUGGAUCAAAGAUCAACAUCGAUUAUUUGCUCAAACGCUUGCAGAAUCAAAUUGUACUUCACAACACGCUGCUCGAUGCGUCCGAAAAGUUUCCAAAAUCACCUUCUAUUGAAAAUCUUGUAAAACAGUGCAUGAAAGGUACGGAAGCACUCGAUGGUCUAAAACAGCGUGUGGCCGCAUACAAACACGCAAAACAGUCGGUAAAACCCCCCAUACCAAAGCCAGUGUUACUCGAGAUACCCAACAUAAUCCACAGUUCAAUCAACUGUGCCGAGGAGUUACAAGAAUUGUCCAAUGAAAUUGUCCAAAUGUCUGCCUCGCUCGAUGCAGACUUUAUGAAUCGAAGCUCCAUUACAGCGCAAAGCAUCAAGGAUGCUUCCUCUCGUUUGAGGGAAAUAGAAAAGAUGUGGGAAAAUAUGCCCACACCGGAGCAGGAAAGUUCCUCGCUAGGGAUUUUGUCUGAGUCUAAGAUGAAGAACUCUGAACGCUUGCUCGAUGGAUUGUCCACAUCGCUGAACACCAUUUUUGAUCAGUUGAACCAUUCGCUUGAAGAGGUUCUGUUAACACCGAACACGCAAAGCUUAAACAAACUUAAGUCGAACCUGAAAGAGUGCAAAGAACUACUCUCGGAUAUUACGCUAAAUCAUUCGUUACUGUUGGAUGAAACUAUGCCAUCAUUUGUAGAGGCGCAGGAAAUGGACGAAAUCUCGUUACUGCAAACCAUUACAGACAAGCUGGAUAAAUCGUGUCAGUCAGAGAUAGAAGCUUUCCUACAAAUAUGGAAAAAGCCGGAAAAGGAACAAUUUCUUCACAUUUCCAAGCAGGCUAUUGAUGACCUUUCCUCCCUGCGUCAUGAGGCGAAUGAUAUGUUGGACAAAAUAGUUGCUUCCAAUGGCCAUGCCAAACCACCAACACCACGAAAGCAAUAUUUGACGGAGAGGUUGAACAUAUUGCGGGGUGCGGCAACAACUCCGAGUCCUGUAUACACAUCGAUCAUAAUGAAAGAUUAUAUCGAUGAGGAUGAUUUGUCUGCCGAACAAGAAGGUUAUAUAUUGCAGGAACCCUUCUCUAAAACAGACCCAGCUAAGCGAAUAGUAAAAUUUGCCGAUAGUUUUGAAGCGUCCAUCCAGACUGCCUCCAAAAGCUCCCAAAAACCGGACCAAAUACAAAUGCUCAUGCAAGAAAUGGAUAAAUUCCAACAAAACUAUCUUAACAACAAGCAAGAACAUACAGGGCGGCACAAAGACAUGGUAUUGAUUGAAAAAAAGUUGGACAAUCUUAUGGCAUUGAUUUCGGAGGUAGUGAACAAUUUACGGUCAAACUAAAAAAAUAUUAAAAUUAAUUUAUGUGAUUAAAAA